GACUUAACUUAAGUGCACUGCGCCAUGCUGGCGGCGUCAACGCCCGCGCUGGCUUUGUUAAAGCGGCUCCGGCUGCGAGGCCUGCCACGCCCGGGAUGCAGAGGCUUCGCGGAGGACGCGGAGGCUGCCCGGCGUAGCUCUGGGCAGCGAGGACCCUCAAGCAACAGCCAGGAUGACGGGUUCGAGAAGCGGGUGAAGGACUACGAGAAGGCAAAGAUGAAGUGGCUACCCAGCGCGGUGGAGCCCAUGGACGACACCGGGCUGGCGGCCCAGCGGAGGCUGCAGGAGCUGAUCAAGCGCCGGGACCGCUUGCAGCGGCAGUUGGAGGCGCUCAAACGCCUAGAGGCCGAUGAGCUCACGGCCUCGGAGCUGGAGCAGUUGGAGGCCCUCGAGGACCAGCUGCAGAUCGCCCAAAGGCGGCUCAGCGACACCGCCCUGCUGAUUAAGGAGCGCAAGCAGGAGCAGCGCAGUGCGCGGAAGGGAGCUGGCAAGGGAGAGACCGAGCGGCCAAAAGCAGAUGAUGGUCGCUUUGGGCGGCUCUGGGUGGGCAGUUUGCUGGGACAAGCCCCCAGUGUCAUCUUCAAGCCCAUGGCCACUGGAGACAGCUACGUUGUAUUUAGCCUGCUAUGCGAGGCUGGUGGCGUUGGCCUGGCUGUGCUGGAUGCCCUGGGCGUUUUGCAGCUGCAGUUGGUAAGGUUCUCGCUGUCCCCGCGCAUGCGGAAGGGUCACCGCGCCUGGGCCAAAGUGCAGAAGGGCCGGCGCCGGCCCCGUGACGCGCUGCCGCUGCGCCAGAGCCAGCUGAACCUGGCCUGGGCCCGGGCCUCCAGCCGCCACCUUCGCGAGCAGAGCCGCAUCCGCCGCACGCUGAAGAUGCUGCAGGAGCUGCUGAGGGACCCGGUCCUCGCCAAGGAGUUGGAGCAUGUGGCCUGUCAACCAGAGGUGCUGGAGCUGGGGGCGGCUGGGCAGGUGGCGGCGGAGGCGGUGGUGGAGGCUGUGCGCCGGGUGCUGGGCGAGGAGGUCUCCCUGCGGAGGGGUCCCUUCAUCGGAGUGCAGCUGGAGCGGCCGCUGACGCACUACGACCGCAACGACCUGGCCAUGGUCCUGGAGGAUCUCGGCUUCGAGGCCCACAUCACCCGCCACGGCGUGACGCUGAGGGUCGGGGGCCGGGACUUGGAGGUGCGCCUGGGUCUGGCCUCGGAGCUGGAGAUGCGGAUGGGAGGUGUGAGCCCCUUCCCGGUGUCGCACCUCACGGUGUCGGAGGACUGGGAGGUGGCCGAUCGGCGCGGCCAGGAGCAGCUCCGUUCGGCGCCCGAGCUGCGCUGGGCCGUGGACUUGGCCCGGCGCUUCAGCGGGGGGCCCCACGCGCUGCCAGGUCUGCAGCUGCGGGGCAAGCGCCAGCGGGGCGGCACGGUGCUGGAGCUGGUGCUCCGACAGCUGGUGCUUCGGAUCCAGGACCGAGACGCCCAGUCGCUGAACCGCUUCACCGCUGCCCUGGCCACGCAGGGCGAGGACUUCCAGGCUCACAGCCUGGGCAGCCAGCUGAUGGUGUCCAUGGCGCGGGAGAUGCUGGAGUGGAGCAAGUCUGGCGUCCUGGGGCUCUGGCUCAAGGAUGCGGAGCUCUUCGCCGGGGCCACGGGGAAGCAGCAGGCCUCGCGCCUUCUGAGUGCCGCCGCCACGCACUUGGAGGGCGAGGUUUGGGGCUUGGGCCAUACUCAGAGCUGCCCCUUGCCGCGGGAGGACAGCCUGGAAGCCUCCGUAGACCGCAGCAUCACCAAAGGGGUGCGUCUGGUGCACCUGGGCUGCCUGGAGGAAGCGCAGCAGCAGCUGGGCGAGGCCGAUGAGCUACUGACGCGCGUCCCGUGGACCGAGGACGGAGGGAUGGAAGCGUCGCCAUGA